AUGGCAGGUCGACCGAAACUCGUUUCGGUAAAUUCGGCCAUCACUUGUUCGCUAUGCAAAGGCUACCUCAUCAACGCUAUGACACUAUGUCGGUGUAUGCAUACCUUCUGCCGAAGCUGUAUACACCGAUACCUGGACACGAGUAGCACAUGUCCAACGUGUCAGCAGAGGGUUUUCCGGAGCCGGAUGGACACACACAUGUUGCCCGAUCACACGCUGCAGUCGAUUGUGUACAGGGUUGUCCCCGGCUUGUACGAGGAUGAGAUGCGCCGGAGACGACAAUUCUACGAGAACACUGAUGAAAGAAGUGACGAACGUACUGAGGAGAGGGGCUUCCCGGAACGCGUGAUUCUCUCGGACAAGGACAAGGUCUCCGUGGUUCUGGCCUAUCGUGAGAACGAAGAAUAUCCCAAACUAUAUCUCGAAUUGGCGGCAGCUAUGCCGGUGUCGGUUUUACUGAAUUUUCUACGUGACAAAUGCAAACCUCUCCCGACGCUUGUUGUUCAUCUGAUUCUGGAGCAGGGAGGCGUCGGGACGAGGGACGCUCCAGACCGUUUACUGCUGGACCCUGAUUUCACAAUUUUCGACGUGUGCUAUAUAGCUAAAUACAAUCUUCAGGGACCUCUGAAGUUAUCAUUUACUUUCGUGCAAUUCGACCCUGAAAGCUUUAAAGACAGAAGACUCCUCGAAUCUUCAACUAUGUCGGAGUCGUCGAUCCUGAAGAAAUCCCUCAACCAUCGCUACCGAGACGAGAAGAUCAACGGAGACUCCAGAGUCGCGAACAAGGCGGUGAAGAACGUGCAAUACACGAAAGUAAAGGCGGAUACCAAAAGCAUCGUGCUUUCCAAGAAUUCUAUCCUGGAAUCUGCGGUGAACUCGAUGAAAACCUACUCCAGGAAUGCCGGGAGCAACGGAGGCAACGGAAACCUCUGUCAGUUGGCCGACGGUGUCGUGACCGGGGCGAACGCAAGCGAAGGCGACUCUACCGAGGAAGAGGUCGAUAGCUGGGAUUCAAACGUGUCUACAACCAUCGACAGCCUUACGAACAGUCAGCAUAGCUCCCAACAGACGCCCAAUAACAGCGCCGGCAGCAGCAGCAACAGCAUCGUCGGAAAGCUCAACAAGACUGCUGCCCUGGUAGCCGCUGCCAUCAACAGCAGCGGCUCUCCUUCGGCUUCUAAAACGUCCAAACAUUCCAAAAAUUCGUCCGGCGUAUCGUCAAUUCAUGCCAACAACAAUCCAUCUCUGAUCGUGGCCCGGCCCCAGAGUCUCCGAAUCGACGCCAUGCGGGAGAAGUCGGACAAGCCGGCAGGCAAGCAGGCCAUCUCUCCUGUCGUUCAACAGAGCGCUCCCGUCGGACAUCAUAAGCGAGUCAGCCAGGACAAGAAAUCCCAUCACCACCAUCAUCACCACCACCACAAAAACCACAAUUUUUCUUCACCGUCUACGGCUUCCGCCUCCACGGUAGCGGGCAAGCCUCCGACCGUGCUCAAAAUCAAGCUGAACACGAGUCCAACGACGAGCGAAACUCUCACCAUCACUUCGCCUCCGAUCAGAGAGACUCGGCUGAAGGCGCUGGAGUACCCUGCCGUGACGUCGAUCAAAAUCAAACCGAUCGUUGCUUCACCUUCAACCCCAUCUCCACCUUCGAGUUCGAGGGAAACCCGAGCUAGUUCUGUGGAGAGCGGCGGUCGCAAGAAACGUCGGAGCGAAGACAGAGAUCGGACGAUCAAGGAAAAAUCGCCGUCAUUCGAAGAUGAGCCCGUCGCGCCAAAGAAGAGCAAGAAAGCGAAAACUAAAAAGACUACGAAUCAGAAUACGCAAGCGGUUAUCAAUGACACCGCCUACGUGUCUGAUCAACCGAAAGACCUCCUUAGCACCUCGAACUUCGGUUGGGGUGACUCCUCAUUAUGGGAAUCUCAGUUGCGCAUCCCAAGUCCAUUGACAGUGCCUCUGACAGUGUCGGUAGCCAGGAGAAAAGCUAAUCAGGCGAAGAAUCGAACCGCGUCCCUUCCCGCACCGCCGGCGACUCCCUCGUCUUUCCUCGAGGAGAACUUCUCUUUGAAAAAGAACCAGGUUGUCGUCAAGCCGGCCAACAAUCGCAUCUGGCGGAAGCGGCGUCAUGUGUCUCCACCUCCGGUUCCUGUAAAAUUACCUCCCCCGGAUUUCAAGAUGUCUUCAACGCUCUCUGCAGUUUUGGAAGCAGUCAAAAACGACAAAGUCUACGAGGUACUGUCAUCCCCCCAGCACACGGUCAGCUGUUCUCCUAGUUCUUCGCCUCUUAGAGAUUGCUAUUUCUCCAAGCCCGCGGACCACAACGACUUUCCGAGUCGUAGGCAGUCCGAAACGGACCACUUUUUAGACUCCGGCGUUAGACCAGGCAGCAGCUCGAGUGGUGAUAUAAACGCCGACGUAUUCCGAAUGGAAUUCCCCGUGGCCGCAAUAAACCCCCUGACACCAGCAGUUUCACCAAAAAUGGACCGAUCUCAAAGCUACGCGUCCCCCACGGCAGAGUCUCUACGAUCGGAGUUCUGCCUAGAGAGCACACGUCGAAAAUCUUUCUCGUCGACCACCUCUCCCUCGUCCUGUUCUCCAUCAUCGUCGUCGAUGUCGUGUACCGAAGUCAAGUUCAGCAUCCACAACAUUCUCUCGAACGAGUCCUCGCCUCCUCAGAUCAAGGUCAAGCAACAGGAGGACAACGAAUCCAAAGAGCUGAACAUCCACGAGUCGAUCGAGAUGUUCAUAACGAAUAUAAGCAAGUUCUUCUGGGCUCUCGAAGCGAGCAAGGGUCGGGUCAGCAAUCGCAUGUGGAAAACUUUCUUGGCGAAGAAAGUCGCUCUGGAAAGAAUCCUCACGCUGCUGCGAAAACUCACAAUCGUCGUUGCACCGAAUCAGAUCGAGCGCGUGCUGCAACUCGAGAGCGCAAUACAGAAGUACUUCAACACAGAUCCUUUCAUCAGCUUGGCGUCUUCCGCAAUCAGUCCCCCCAAAACAAGAACUCCGCUGGAAAGUCUCAAACCAGAUACGCUCAAGAUGCUUGAACAAAACGACGUGAGAGUGACCCCGAUUUAUGUGAAAACGACGGCAGCUAAGUCAUCGAGUGAUACUUUCCAUCCAGACCACGGAAACGAGUGUGAACCAUCUUUGUCGAUCGUUCGCCUGACGCCUCCGUCACACGUCGCCUCAGAGUCGUCGAUAGACCUCUCUGGUAUCCCUGCGACGCUCAUCGCGACCGAGUUCAGUCUUCAGCCUGAGGAAAAGUCCGUUAUUCCUUCGAAGAUCGAUGAUGACGGAUCCAUCCCCCCUCCGUUGGACCCUUGCGGGGAACCGAACCACGAAGUCCGAUUGUCGAUGCCAUCAGAUCCCGAGGCUGAGACCUUCAAUGGCGAAAAUUCCUCGGAGUUCAACAGCACCGCCUGUCCAGAAACGAAGGCACCGGUGAUGAAUGGAGUCCUGUCGAUCGACGAGUCUGAUGCAGCUUCCGAGGAGCAAGAAAUAACGAGCUCGGAACCGUGUGAAGACGUUAGGUCAGCGCUUGUAGCGGUCCUCGAAGCCGUGGAAAGAUCAUCAGAAGUGGAUCCUCAGAACCCGGAGGUUCCUGUCGCCCCCGGUAAUCGGAGAUCCGAGAAGGAGACCUCGGAGGUCGAAGGGCCAUCUUGUGUUCAAAGCGAGGAUCGAGCUCAGGUUCCUGGACAGCUGGAAAACGGGGCAGAAUCAUCAACUCCGAUUGGAGAAUCAAUGGAUGCCGUUGAUACCGAGGAGCGUCAAGUCGUUACGACCGAUUGCGGUGUACUGCAGAUUGGCCAGAACGAAUCGAUCGAUUCCCAAAUCGACCACAACGGGUCGGACGACUCCCAAGUCGAAGAAGUCUCUGUUGAGGAUUCCGAACCCGAACUCGCUCCGACUCGAGCUUCGUGCGCUGUCGAUGAGAGCCAUGCCGAAGCUGUAAAAGCUCAGUCGGAAGAUGUGAUCUCGCCCGCGGAACUUCCGAUGGAUUCGGUAGACGAAUCUGAGUCCACGGAGUCCUCGAUGCGAAUAGAUUCGACAGAGAAGAGUUCGAUUUACGCAUCGAAUAUGACGAUCGGAGACUUCACGAGUCUCGAGACGGGUACUCAGCCCCAAAUCCAAGUAAAUGGAAUCGACAGCGAGCUCGAUGACACUAUCGGAGCUGACGACCUUGACCAGAAUGAGACUUCCGUCCCUUCCAUCGAACUUCUGAAAGGCGAUAGCGAAGCUCCAUUACUCGAUAUCGACGAAGAUGGGAGCGAUGAUCUGAUGGACGUGAUAGGGACUUCGCUUGAGCCGAUCGGACUCCCAAGCGAAGUCAUCGAAUUCGACGCCGCCGACGGAAUGGUCGUCGACUGUGCCUUGGAUGCGGCGGAAACGAGUGAGCUCAGAGUCGAUUCGAUCGAGCCUGAGGAGCCUGACGUCGACGGGGUAGUUGGAUCACAUGUGAACCAUCAAGCAGAUUUCGAAAAUGUCCCCACGGAAAGCGAUCCCAAGAAACAAAGCAAGACAUUCGCCGUGUCUAGAGGAGCGGCUUACAACGGGAGCUUCGGAGCCCAAAAUCAAUGCAAGACAUUGGUGCCUUACGUGCCUCUGAGACGCGAUGAUUCGUUCAAGUGGGCCUCCGAUACUCUCCGAUCCGAUCUCGGUGAGAGUGCAAUCCACGAUCUGUUCCGACUACGUAUCCCUAGGAUUUCCUUCUUCGGAAACGAAGUUUCAACUUGUGAUCUUGCUCCGAAAACUCAUAAAACGGGUCUGGAACUCGUUCCAUACGUUGCCCGUUCGGAAAAUCCAUUGGAGAAUCUCUUCCGCUUGACCGGCCUCAUCCCUGAGAGGGUCCCGAUCCCGUCACCAGUCCACGACUACAUUAUGAAAGGGAGCUCGACAGGAAUUCCAAACAGCGAAAAGCAAACCAAAACGCACUCAUUGCUGGAUUUUCUCAAACUGCAGCAGAAAUCACAUGUGGUUCAACAGAAUACUUCGCCGAAUUUCGGCGACAUAGAUAUGGAUGUUCAUCGCUGGGAGGAAGUCGAUGAGCUGGGAGGCGUAGCACCUCCGUCCGGCGUUGCCAACGUUCCCGGGAGCCUUAACGUCCACUGA